AAUGGGACCAGGUGAGGUCAUGCUUUGGCUGCUGGAGGCAUACCCCAUUUCUGGGUCAUUUGCAUGGGCCCCGCUGUGAAAGGAACCAAGCAAGAACUUGUCAGACACUUCCGUCCUUCUCUUGGUGAGCACUCCAGGCACAGCAAUUAUCCCACUGUGGUUCUAAUUGUGUCCUGUCCUCCUCUUGCCAAAGCAAACAGCCCAGUCUCAAGUAGGCAUCCUUUAGGCUCAUCUGCCAGCCUGAACAUGAACACAGGCAAAGCUGAUGAUAGCCAGGGUUCCCAAGGGACAUGGGGCCUUCCAGGGUCCAGCCCCCAGAAGCAGGUCCUCUCAUGAUGUUGGUGUCUGGGAGUGAGCACCAUGCCCAUCACCCAGGACAAUGCCAUGUUACACCUGCCCCUCCUCUACCAGUGGCUGCAGAACAGCCUGCGGGAGGGUGGGGAUGGCCCAGAGCAGCGGCUCUGCCAGGCGGCCAUCCAGAAGCUGCAGGAAUACAUCCAGCUGAACUUUGCUGUGGAUGAGAGUGCGGUCCCACCUGACCACAGCCCCCCAGGCAUGGAAAUCUGCACUGUGUACCUCACCAAGGAGCUGGGGGACGCAGAGACUGUGGGCCUCAGUUUUGGGAACAUCCCUGUUUUCGGGGACUAUGGAGAAAAGCGCAGAGGGGGCAAAAAGAGGAAGACCCACCAGGGCCCUGUACUGGACGUUGGCUGCAUCUGGGUGACAGAGCUGAGGAAGAACAGCCCGGCAGGGAAGAGUGGGAAGGUCCGACUGCGAGAUGAGAUCCUCUCACUGAACGGGCAGCUGAUGGUCGGAGUUGAUGUCAGUGGGGCCAGGAAUUGGCUAAACCCUGGGAAGGUCAGUCUCUCUGGAAUCAAGGCCCCAAAUGCCAGAACAUCAGGAAUACAGAAAAUAAGGAAAUUUUCCACAGCUGAGGAAGUAAAUCUCCCAAACUAACUUUUUCACUAGUGAACAGUCAUGACUCUGGAAUUCCUUUCUCUGAUGGUACAGUCAUGUGUAUAUGCUGGAUGGUGACAUCUCCCCAGAAGCCUCAGAGAUGCAGGGGCGAUAGAAGGAAAAGACCAGGACCCACGGGUUGGUCUUCAAGAGAAGUAUGAAAGUGAAUCAAGUAAUGAGGAAGGACUCCUAGAGUCCUGGGCUCCCAGUGCUCAUACAACCAAGAAGUUAACAAGACAAAAGGAGACUAGCUCAAUUUUCCAAGGUUCCCUCCCUAGUUCUCUGGUGCAAUUUGUAAGAAGUACCAUUGACUGAGCAGUUGCUACCAUAGUGGACAUUCUGCCAUCUACUAUCUCAUUUUAUACCUACCACAACUCAGGACAGCUUUAGAUGAGAAACCUUGGCCACAGAGGCCAUGUAACUUGCCCAAGUUACAUGGCAGAACCAGAGAUCUGCCACCAUAGUCUGUGCUCCUCCCCCCUGUGCUAUACUACUUCAGCUCAGCCCCAGAUCUAUACACUGGUCCUUGCCACGUGGUCUGGUGCUUAAUUUCACGGAUGGUUUUCAGCUUCACAAAAUACCUCCUCAGUCUAAUGGUGGACACCAGCGAAGAAAAUGACCAGAACACUGUAAGGCUUCCCCCUACCCGAACUGACAAGGAAAACAGAAGCCCCCCACUCCAUCUUGUAAAAGGAAACCCAGUUUUAAUAUAGAAUCUGCUUGGCAAACAUAUCUAGGCAGAACUUUAGGACUAGAAGCACUUUGAGAUUAAGUAUCAGGGAAUUUAAAGUGUUUUGAAUGUCCUCAAGAUGCUCCUUUUCACUCUGAAACUGGCUAACGGUUUCCUUCACUACAUUUUUCCACAUACCUAUGUAGGUUUUGUCCUAAAAACUGGUGAAUACAAAUCAGGGUUUUGUAGAGACCACAGUGCAUCUCUGCAAAUAGCAACCUCAAUUAAUGUGUACCCCCUUACUUGUAGGCAUAAGAUUUCGGGUGUCUGAGUACUAACAUCACACCCCACC